AUAACUGUCCCUCCACACUCGAGCCCUCGCAGGGAAGUUGCACUGUCGGUUACUCGGCAACUCCUAUUCAGUUAAUUUUCUUUCCAUUUUAGUCCUUACCAGCAAACUACCUCCCCAGCGAAAAUGCGUGAAAUUCUACACAUUCAGGGAGGGCAAUGCGGGAAUCAGAUCGGAUCCAAGUUCUGGGAGGUGGUGUGCGACGAGCACGGCAUCGACCCCACCGGCCGGUACAACGGCACCUCCGAUCUGCAGCUUGAGAGAGUGAACGUUUACUACAAUGAAGCCAGCUGUGGACGGUAUGUCCCGAGGGCUGUCCUCAUGGAUCUUGAACCAGGCACCAUGGACAGCGUCCGGACCGGUCCCUACGGAAAAAUCUUCCGGCCCGAUAAUUUUAUCUUCGGACAGUCCGGCGCCGGCAACAAUUGGGCGAAAGGGCAUUACACCGAGGGGGCUGAGCUGAUCGACUCAGUUCUUGAUGUUGUGAGGAAGGAAGCAGAGAACUGUGAUUGCUUGCAAGGUUUUCAAGUCUGUCACUCUCUGGGAGGUGGAACUGGGUCUGGAAUGGGGACUCUGCUCAUAUCAAAGAUAAGGGAAGAAUACCCAGAUCGUAUGAUGCUUACGUUCUCAGUCUUCCCGUCGCCGAAGGUGUCCGACACCGUCGUCGAACCCUACAACGCCACACUCUCUGUGCAUCAGCUGGUGGAGAACGCAGAUGAAUGCAUGGUCCUUGACAAUGAAGCGCUCUAUGAUAUCUGUUUCAGGACUCUCAAGCUUAGCACGCCAAGCUUUGGGGACUUGAAUCAUCUCAUCUCGGCGACGAUGAGCGGAGUAACAUGUUGCUUAAGGUUUCCAGGGCAACUGAACUCAGAUCUGAGGAAGCUUGCAGUAAACCUAAUACCGUUCCCUCGACUUCACUUCUUCAUGGUUGGGUUUGCUCCAUUGACGUCCAGGGGGUCACAGCAGUACCGUGCGCUCACUGUUCCUGAAUUAACGCAACAAAUGUGGGAUGCGAAGAACAUGAUGUGCGCUGCGGACCCACGACAUGGCAGGUACCUGACUGCAUGCGCCAUGUUCAGAGGCAGGAUGAGCACCAAGGAAGUGGAUGAACAGAUGAUCAAUGUACAGAACAAGAACUCAUCCUAUUUCGUCGAGUGGAUACCCAACAAUGUCAAGUCUAGCGUCUGCGACAUCCCGCCGAAGGGUCUAACGAUGGCAUCGACAUUCAUCGGCAACUCGACGUCGAUACAGGAGAUGUUCCGGAGAGUCAGCGAGCAGUUCACGGCCAUGUUUCGGAGGAAGGCCUUCUUGCACUGGUACACUGGAGAGGGAAUGGACGAGAUGGAGUUCACUGAAGCUGAAAGCAACAUGAAUGAUCUGGUCUCAGAGUAUCAGCAGUAUCAGGAUGCCACGGCGGAAGAUGAAGGCGAAUACGAAGAAGAGGAGGAAGAAGAAGGAGGAGGGGUGGGUGAAUGAAGGUGCUCGACGAAAUUAUGGUGAUGGUGAUAGAUGUGAUGAUAUGGGUGAAGGAGUAGUGUUGGGUUUGAAUGGGUAAAAACAGAGUGGUUGUAGAGUGCGAUAUUAGCUUAGUUUGAUUGGAAUGUUGUUGUUAGUUGGUGCGUAGACAAAUUAAAGAGCCUUCUAAUCAGAUAGCUGUGGUGGGGUUUGCUUUAGUUGGCAUUUGGUGGAUAUAGAUAUAGCCAGCUACCUACCUUACAUUUUUCAAUUCAUUAUUCCAGGUUGUUCUGAGUGAUUUGUUAAUAUAUAUAUAUAUAUAUAUAUAUAGAAAUCUAGUUAUCUUAAAGAGCUGUGAGAUGAUGAAUUAAUUAAUGGUGAUCCUUUUUUUUUUUUAUAAUAUAGUACAUGGUUUGGCUUCUAGUCGGCCAUGUUACUGAAUUAUUGUUUGUUUUAUAAUUGAUUUGAUCGGUCGUCCUGUUAGGGGAUGUAUUUCUUUUUGUUUUUGAAUGGAAGAAUCGUGUCUUGUGCCGAC